AUGAGCGUGUUCAGUGAGCUCAGGAUCAUCCUGAGCGGUAUCGGUUUUUUCGUGUGGUGCUUGAGCAGUGGUAAGGUCUCAGCAGCUGACCAACCUAAUAUCGUGUUUAUAGUGGCAGACGAUUUGGGAUGGAACGACGUUGGAUUUCAUGGGGGUAAUCAAAUCCCCACCCCAAAUAUAGAUGCACUUGCGUACAAUGGAAUAAUUCUGAACAGUCACUACGUUCAAGCGACUAGUACUCCCUCUAGGACUGCUUUGCUCACAGGAAAAUAUCCGUUCAAAUUAGGAAUGCAAGGAAGUUCUUUUUUGCCCGCUGACAAAAGGUCUCUACCUCCUGGAAUGCUUUUGCCUGAUCAUUUCAAGGCUUUGGGAUAUUCCACACAUUUGGUGGGAAAAUGGCAUUUGGGCUAUUCCAAAUGGAACGAAACUCCAACCUUCAGAGGAUUCGAUCACCAUUUCGGAUUCUACAACGACUUCACCAGUUACUACGAUUACUUGACCACGUGGAGAUUCAAUGACAAAGACUACACGGGUUUCGACCUUCACAAAGAUGGCGUCCCGGCGUUCGAGGAAACGGGAAAAUACGCCACCGACGCCUUCACCGACUAUUCGGUGAAGACCAUCGAGGAGCACGACACUUCGAAGCCCCUUUUCCUCAUGUUAGCCCACCUGGCGACGCAUGCGGCGAACGAGGGGAAGCCCCUGGAAGCGCCGCAGGAAACGGUGGACAAGUUCGGGCAUGUCGAGGAUUCCAACAGGAGGACUUACGCAGCGAUGGUAUCGAAGCUGGACGACAGCGUGGGUCGGCUAGUCGAGGCCCUCGACCGCAAGCAGAUCCUGCCCAACUCCAUCGUGGUCUUCGUGAGCGACAACGGCGCCCCCACAGUGGGUCCGCUGGGCCGCAACUGGGGCAGCAACCACCCCCUCCGCGGCCUCAAGGACACGCCCUUCGAGGGCGGCGUGCGCGGAGUGGCGUUCGUCUACAGCCCCCUUCUGGUGCAGGCGGCGAGGGUGUCCACUGACCUGAUGCACGUGACCGAUUGGCUGCCCACCCUGUAUUCGGCCGCUGGGGCGGAUAUUGGGUUAGUGGAUUCUGAUUUGGACGGGAUCGACCAGUGGUCUACUUUGGCGUACGAUUUGCCCUCAGCGAGGAACGAUAUUGUGAUCAACUUAGAUGAAAAGACGAGAAAUGCUGCACUGAGAUUCUACAAUUGGAAGCUGAUAGUCGGGGCCAACCAAAACGGAUCAUACAACGGAUACUACGGCGACAUUGUGCUCAAUGACAUCGAAGAACAAACCUACAAUACUAGCGCGGUUCUCAACAGCCCCGCAGGAAAGGUAAUCAGUAAAGUGAACUACUCUCCGCUCACCGAGGUAGAAUACGAGGGGAUAAGGAAAAGUUCGACGAUUACGUGCUUGGAUCCAAAGGCCAAAAGGAACCCCUGUGACCCCGCAGACGGCUCCUUGUGCUUGUACGACAUACCCAGCGAUCCCUGCGAGGAAAACGACCUGGCCAAGUUCUUCCCUAGCGUUGUGCGACGCAUGAAGAGGGCCCUAGUAGACUACAGGGCAGUGCUCGUCAACCAAUUAGAAGAAGGAACAGACAUCGAAAAUGCCGAUCCCAAACUGUUCCGCCACACUUGGAACCCUUGGUCGGGAUGUUCUUCAGCCGACUGUCAAGUGCCGACGCCAGAUGCGUGA